AUGUCUGAGGAGGAAGAGGAGAUCCGCGAUGCUCUUUGUCCCAUGUUCGACACGCUCAAGCUCUCGAAGAUAUGGUGGAUCCUCGAGGUUCUGCCGUUGCGCCAGCGCGUCCAGCGGCCGGAGCCGGAGAAGGGUACGAAGCCGAAGAUCAUCAUGAAUCUGGGCAGGGCCCGGGAGAUCCCGCGCGAAGAUAAGGUCUUAGUGCAUCGGAGCGUGAAGAUGAGGAUGGAGGCGAAGGGGUUGGCCAGUGGGAUAUAUGAGCCAAAGGCGAAGUUCCCUGUUGAGCCAACGUGGGUUGACUGA